AACUCACGGCAAAAAGAAUCAACCAACGUCUUAUUCGGAUUCAAAAUCUCGAUCUCAACGACUCGAUUCCUUCUUCGGUGAUGGAACAGAAGCAAAUUCUGUUGUCAGCAUUGAGCGUUGUUGGGGUUGGAGUCGGAGUGGGGCUAGGUUUGGCCACCGGACAGACGGUGACGAAAUGGACCAGCUGCUACAAUUCCUCCGCGGCCGACGGCGUCACCGCCGAGCAGAUUGAGCAGGAGCUUCUCAGACUCGUCAUCAACGGCAAAGAAAGCAAAGUCACCUUCGAUGACUUCCCUUAUUACCUCAGUGAGCGGACACAGGAGUUAUUGACUAGUGCUGCAUAUGUUCAUUUGAAUCACCUUGAUGUUUCCAAGUACACCCGAAAUCUUUCGCCUGCAAGUAGGGCUAUAUUGCUCUCAGGGCCUGCCGAACUUUACCAGCAAAUGCUUGCAAAAGCUCUUGCACAUCACUUUGAAGCAAAGUUGUUAUUAUUGGAUGUUACUGACUUUUCUCUAAAGAUGCAGUGCAAGUAUGGAACUGCCAAAAAAGAUCCCUCUUUCAAGAGAUCCAUCUCAGAGGUCGCUUUGGGGCGAAUGUCUAGUUUGUUUGGUUCCAUCUCAAUCCUUCCCUCAAGGGAGGAUGGCAGAGGCACAUUAUCCAGGCACAGUAGUAGCUUGGAUAUAAAGUCAAGAGGUAUGGAAGGUGCUAAUGACCCCCCAAAACAUCGUAGAAAUGCUUCUACUUCUACUGAUGCGAGCAGCAUCAGUUCUCAGUGCUCUUCUUCUAAUACAGCUCCUCUCAAGCGCAUAAGCAGCUGGUCUUUUGAUGAGAAACUCUUCUUACAGUCGCUUUUCAAGGUUUUGGUAUCAGUUUCCGAAACCAGUUCCAUCAUUCUCUACAUCAGAGAUGUCGAGAGGCUCCUCCAAUCCCAAAGACUCUACAAAUUGUUUGACAGAAUGCUAAAGAAACUAUCAGGAUCAGUUGUAAUACUUGGCUCUCGGAUGUUGGACCCAGAUGAAGAUUGUGAGGAAGUAGAUGACAGAAUAGCUCUUCUGUUUCCUUAUAACAUCGAGAUCAAGCCGCCCGAAGAUGAGAUUCAUCUUGUAAGGUGGAAAGACCAACUGGAAGAGGACACAAAGGUUAUCCAGUUUCAGGAUAACAAAAAUCACAUUGCCGAAGUACUUGCAGCAAAUGAUCUCGAGUGUGAUGAUCUUGGUUCAAUCUGCAAUGCGGAUGCAAUGGUUCUCGGUAAUUACAUAGAAGAGAUUGUGGUAUCUGCGAUAUCUUAUCAUUUGAUGAAUAACAAUGACCCAGUGUACCGAAAUGGGAAGCUUGUUAUAUCAUCUAAGAGUUUGUCCCAUGGGUUAAGUAUCUUCCAGGAGGGAAGAAGGGGUAGGAAAGAUUCCCUAAAACUAGAGACAAAUGCUGAAUCUUCGAAGGACUCUGAGGGGGGAGAGAUAAUUGGGUCAAAGCCUGCUGCAAACAAAAGCGAGACAGAGAAAUCGGUUCCUUCAGCAAAGAAAGAUGGUGAGAAUUCACCGCCAUCAAAGCCGGAAGUUCCUCCCGACAACGAAUUUGAGAAACGCAUAAGGCCAGAGGUUAUUCCUGCAAACGAGAUUGGAGUAACAUUUGCAGAUAUUGGUGCCUUGGAUGAGAUUAAAGAAUCACUCCAAGAGCUGGUCAUGCUCCCUCUUCGAAGACCAGACCUCUUCAAUGGCGGACUUCUUAAGCCUUGUAGGGGUAUAUUGCUUUUUGGUCCUCCGGGUACUGGGAAAACAAUGCUGGCAAAGGCCAUUGCCAAUGAAGCCGGAGCAAGCUUCAUCAACGUCUCGAUGUCGACCAUCACUUCAAAAUGGUUUGGAGAAGAUGAAAAGAAUGUCCGAGCUUUGUUCACACUCGCAGCAAAGGUUUCUCCAACUAUUAUUUUUGUAGAUGAGGUCGAUAGCAUGCUCGGGCAAAGGACAAGAGUUGGGGAGCACGAGGCUAUGCGGAAGAUUAAGAAUGAGUUCAUGACACAUUGGGAUGGACUGUUGACAAAAUCAGGUGAGCGGAUUCUUGUUCUUGCUGCGACAAACAGGCCAUUUGACCUUGACGAAGCAAUUAUUAGGCGGUUUGAGCGCAGAAUAAUGGUUGGUCUCCCAUCUGUGGAGAGCAGGGAAAUGAUCUUGAGGACGCUUUUGGGAAAGGAAAAAGUAGAAAAUAUAGACUUCAAGGAGCUUGCAGCCAUGACAGAAGGAUAUAGUGGAAGCGAUCUUAAGAAUUUGUGCAUCACAGCAGCGUAUCGACCUGUUAGGGAGCUAAUACAAAAGGAGAGACUAAAGGAUGUGAAAAAUAAGGAAAGAGUUGAUGAACAGAAAAAGAAGGAAAUAGUUGAUGAAGCGCAGAGCUCAGAAGAUGCUUCAGAUACAAAAGAAGAAGGUAAAGAGGAAAGGGUAAUUGCUCUAAGGCCCUUAAACAUGGAAGACAUGAGGCAGGCAAAGAAUCAGGUUGCUGCAAGUUUUGCUACUGAGGGAUGUAUAAUGAGUGAACUGAAGCAAUGGAAUGAUUUGUAUGGAGAAGGAGGUUCAAGGAAGAAGAAGCAGUUAACUUACUUCCUAUAGAUUGGUAGAUUGCUGGCAUAUUUAAUCCGCUCCUCAUGGGCACCAUUCUUUGUGAAACAGUGUGGAAGGUUUGGAAAUCCAAAAGGGCUUCUAGUUGAAUUGUAACUAAUACAGGACAGAAGGAAUCAAAAAGCUAGAGCACUUAGUUCUCGCGUCAAAAUGACAAAAUCCAGACAAUCCCGGAAAAAGCUUGAAUCAGGGCGUGUGAUAUAGUUCUUGAAUGAUUUGUUUGGUGCAUAUAUGUCAUGCUCAAAGGAGGAGGGAGAGAGGGUUGUUGGUAUGCAAUAGGUGACUCUACAAACCACAUGCCAGAAGGCCGGUAUGUUUAAUUAUGUUUUUGUUUUGUGGUAUUUGGGAAUGCAUUGUGGUGUUUUCAGAAACAGGAUAAACUUGUAUGGGAUUUGCUUAAUUAGAGCAUUGUGUAGGUCAUGGACAUGAAUUUCAUUGAAUAGCAUAUAUUGUAUAUUGGUCUUGUUUUUUAUUAUUAUAAUUAUUAUGAUUCAUGGCUGCAAGAUUCUCACUA